GAGAAGAGAGGAAGCUGCCGCGAAUCAUGGUCCCAGAACAUGGUAGCCAGCAGCAACCAUGUGGCCGACAUUUGGGGUAAUCUGCCCCAAGCCAUAGCCUUUCCGGACUCUAGGACUGGAUCCUUUCCUGGUACCCACGGUUUGGGUUUCAAGUGGCACUGACUCUACAUGUUCCUCCACCUGGCCACCCAGACCUCUCUGCUGCCAGCUAUCAGGUGACCAUCUCCCAUUGAAAUUCCCCAACACGUGAAAGGAAUUUUGCCUAUUGCUCGUCCAUCGGCAAGCGCGAAUUGAAAAUGACAGUCGUGGACCUUUGGAGAAGAAAGGAUGGCUUUCGCUGGGUGAAAUCUGACAGAUGAGAAGCAGAGUGAAAAUGAUGGAGAAGGUGAAGAGCCCUCAGCCCCCUGUCACCCCGGAGCAGCCAAACCCUCCGCCCUCCGUUUCCCCACCACCCACCCCUUCUCCAGCCAGUGGAGGGGAUGUGGCAGGAGCCAGCCCAUCCCCCACUAGCCCCACCUCUUCCUCUCCUCAGACCAAGGGGAGUCCUUUCCCCGAACCCCCCAUAGCACCCUUGCCCCCCAGUGUCCCUGUCAUCAGUUUAGGCCACAGCAAACCCCCCACCCAUGCCGAAGUCCCCACCACCCAGCUCACAGCGCUCCACCCCAUCCCCAACCUUUUGCAGCUCUCCAGUCUGCCCCAUGGCCCCCCUCCCCCACCCCUGCCUCUCGCUGGAGCAAGGAGCCCGCUCUUGCCCCCACCGUACCAGCCCCACCCGUUUCUCAACAGCAUCUACAUCGGCACCUCCGGGACGUUCAGCCUCUUCCCCAACAGCCGCCUCAAGCGGAGGCCGAGCCACUACGAACAGGAGAUCACAGAAGGUCUACAGCCUCAGAAGGUGGCCCGCCGGGUCUUCACCAAUAGUCGGGAGCGCUGGCGACAACAGAAUGUGAACGGUGCCUUUGCUGAACUCCGGAAACUCAUCCCCACCCACCCGCCAGACAAGAAACUGAGCAAGAACGAGAUCCUUCGCCUAGCCAUGAAAUAUAUCAACUUCCUGGUCAAGCUGUUGAGUGACCAAGCGAGGUCAGCUGGGGUGGAUCCUACUGAUACAGAGACCCCCUGCAAUGGAACUCCACGGAGUGGGACUCCUUCUCCACCAGCAUCUAUAAAGCUGGAACGGGUGACAGUAGAGCCACUGACUGUGCUGGGAGCUGGAGAGCCACGGUGAUGAGCAUCCUGGCUGGGCAGUGUGAGCAUUAAGCACACGGCCAUGCUCCUUGUACAUUGUCACACCAGGUAGACCGGACCAGCAUGGAUGGAAAUUCCUAGGCUGCACAUCCGUCCUGGGAUAUUUUGUACUAGGACUAAAGGCUGUGGGAUGUUCUGGUGAUCUUUGGCAGCGGAAUGUAUGAGUGUUGUGGUCCACUGAUGCGCAAGAGGUUGUGAAGGGAUGGACGGGGCAACAGAGAACUUUGGACUUGGACAGACUUCCGUGCCCGGUUGAUAAGAAUUGAAACUGUGCAAGGGUGUGUGUUCGUGUGAGUGUGUGCACUUGUGGGUAUGUGUGUAGAAAUUGACCCAGUCAUUCUACACAUUACUUCUUUUACAACUUCUCCACCGAACCAACCUGUGCUCCUCGCAGACACACGUCACCUUGCGGAUUGGCUUCUAUAAAAACAACCAUGCAAAUAGGCUUAGAAAGCUGCUGCCGAAGGAGGGAGAGCUACUGCAUUUUUCCCAAGCUUUUUUCCCCAUGCAAAAACAUUCCUGCUGCUCAACGUGAACGUAUUUUGUGCACAUGCGGCAACAGAAAGGGGAAAACUCUCUUUCCCUGCACUGUUUUUGCACAGGAAAAAAGGUUGGGAGAAAGGAAGGAGCUCUCCCUCCCCUGUUUUCCGAGCCCGUUUGCACUCUCGGUUUUUUUUUUAAUAGAAGCCAUUCCCCAAGCUGAUGUGCGUCUGCAUGGAGCACAGGUUGGCUCCGUGGAGAAUGCGUAAAAGAAGUAAUGUGUAGAUUCAGCUUGUUUCCAGACCACCUUGGGGUGGGGGUGGGUCAGCUGUAGUGGGAGCCUGAGAAGCACCUCCCCGCAACACACACACACACACACAAUCUGCCAGUGACUCUGUGUGGGGAGAAAAGACUCUUGGGUACCUCUCGGGAUUUUUAUCUCUGCUCAUUCUGGUGGACUCUCCAGCAUCAAAUGUGGAUAUGUCUUUGCCUGUACAGAGUAACACAAAGGAAAGAAGGCCAGUGGGAGAAGGAUCUCUUGGGGAGCUUCCACAUAAGGGCAAUUCCCCAUUUUCCUCUAAUUGCUGCUGCAAAUGCAAAGGGCAUUUGCAGCUACAAUAGAGCCUCCAUAUUGGGAAUUUCCCUGUGCUCUACCCUCAUCACUGCUAUUUCCUCACACGUGCCUUUGGUGAACUUUGUGCCAUGUUUCCCCCCUUUUAAUCAGAGCUAAACCACACAAGACAAAUUACACGAGGACGCUCAAAUGCAGGGAGAUACAAUGUUAGCUAGGAAGCGUAGUUUGAAUUUCACCUCUCUCUACAGAGCUGGCAAAGUUCGCUCCUCAGAGGGUUUGUUAAUUUCCUCUUUGCCUCCCCGAAAGCAAUGUCAGUGAUUAACUUUGCAUCUCCUUGCACUCGAGCAUCCUCGUGUAAUUCAUCUCGUGUAGUUGAGCUCUCAGUAGUAAGUAUAUCGCUAUAGCGUUAAUGUGUUUGGACACUGUAACGAUAUAGCUACAGCCAAGAAGUUGUGGGAAUCUGCAGCAUCUGGCCCACCUCAUCCCAAACCCAUUUUGAGAAUGAUCUUUAAAGAAAAAUGAUACCAAAGCAGGCUUGGGAAACCACGGAGAGGAGCUGGAGGAAAACUGGAAGGUGGUUGACUAUCGUGCCGAAAUCUCAAAGGAAACUGCUGCAGUUUGGGAGGUGGAGAAUGCACAGCAAGAGUUGUUGAAGUCUCCUGAACAUUGGAUGGUGGGGAAGGGUGAAGGCUCACAGGCUCUGCUGUCUCUCUCCCUGUCUCUCUCUCUGUACAAAUCUUUCCUUCUCUGCUCUCCCUUGUCCUACUAAAGGUUUUAUGGAUACCAGGACCCUUUCCCUAAUGGAUGGAAAAAUGAAAAUUUUGAAUGAAAAAUGGCGGGAGGGGAAAAGGUUAAGCAUUCCCCAUUCUCAACUCAAAAGUUCCUAAUUUAGCUCUUCUAGCCAAUGUCACUUCAGACCUCAGCUGGGAGUCGCUUACUUGAGUGCUUCUCCAUAACCCCUCCCAGUGGCAGACCUACAUUUUUGGGACCCUAAAGCUUGAACUGUUAUGGGGGCCCCUUCUCAACCAGCAACAAUAGGGCAACAUCCAACAAGUUCCAAAGGGCCUUGCUACCCUUGCCAGGACGUCGAGGCCCAAAUGGCGGAGAACGGGGUGGUGGAGUGGAGCUAUUAAGCCGUGCACUAAAGAAGGAUUCAAGGAUCCAGCUCCCCAAAUGUAGGCUAUGCAUAGAUUCUGGUAAGCUCAGCGAGUCCAUACAGCUGGGGGUUCGGGUGCUGCAACCCCUCGAGAAAAUUUUGAAAUUUGACCAAUUACAGGGACAUUUUGAGGCCAUAUGAAACGGGUAAUAGAGCAUAUUCUAAGGUCAGUAUUAAGUACUUCAACCCAUUGGCUUAUGAUUCUGUCACUAAAAUAGCCUUAUUUUAAUAACAAGCACUUUUAAAAACUCCAUCAAUUUUGUUGAAAAAUUCACUCAUUAAAAAAAAAAGUUGCUUGAGGGCCCCUCCAGGAUUAGAGGCCCUGAACCUUCAGCUUCAUUAGUUUCAUUGUAGACCUGCCCCUGCCCCCACCCCAAAUCCCUGCAGGUAGAAAACAGGGUAUCUGGGAGGUGGAGUCUGGCUUACCUAUCUGUGGGCAGGGAACGGCUCCACUGAGCCUCUCCCUGUGGUCUGAAGUGGCACAAACUAGACGUGGGUCAGAGAGAGAUUUCUUUCUUCAUCUGACAGGAGAAAUUUUUGGAGCUGAGGAAAUGGUUUGGGGAGACUGUGGAGGGCCUGCUGGAAAAGACAGGUGAUGGGGGUGUGAUUGCUUUGACCCUCUUGGAAGGCAAGAUCUUGGUGGUAGUGGAGAGCCUGCAGUGUCAAGAAUCCUUCCCUUUCCUGGAAAGAAAGAGGGCGGUUGGUGCUGAAUCAAUAUCCAAACCCGCCCAGCCAAGUCUGGGCCUUCUGCCAAACCGAAGUGUGCCAGCACAAGAUCCGGGGCUGGGUGGGAGUCCCUGAGUCAGAAAGGAUACUGUGGAAGACUUUCAGGCAGGGAGCAGAGACACACAGAGAGGAAAGAACGGAAGAAGCGUAGCCACAACGACCAAAGGACCUUUUGCACAUGAGAAUCUCCCUCUCUAGCCUUGGCAGACCUUUCAAAUGAACUCUGCAGGGGGAAGGGCUCUGGGCCAGGACUCUCCGAUCUGUCAGUGUUAGGGCACUUUGGACGAGAGAGGGUCACGCUUGGGUCCAAGAAAAUCGACAUUUUAAAAUUGACAUCAAUCCCACCAGCAGCAGAAGCAGAAAUGAGCACUUCCAGCGCAAAUGCGCGUGCAUUGUACAAUUGCUCCGUUUGCCUACUUUGUUGGGAACCUGAGAUAUGCAGAACUGCGGCAGGAUAUUAUAUAGAUUUCCCAAGGAGCUGCAGGGCGGUAGAGGAGAGGCCUGCAUGUUGUGCUAGAGCAGGGCGCCAUUGGUGGUCUUGUCACCUGAGCACAUGCAGCCUGGGGCAGAGCCUGGAAAUAGCGCAACCCAUCGGGCUCUUCUAGGAGAUCUGCUCUGUUUGCCUGCAGCUACAAGAAGCCAAGUUGCAACUAUCUGCUUUGGUUGUAUCACAACCGUCUUUAGCCAUUUCCCCCAGGCCAGUUUGGCUAGGGAUCCUGACGGUGUUUUGCCAUCUCCUGGGCAUAGAGUAAGGGUCACUGUGUGUGUGUGGGGUGGGGGUGGGGAGGGAGGUAGUUGUGAAUUUCAUGCACUGUGCAGGGGGUUGGACUAGAUGCCCCUAAAGGUCCCAUCCAGCCCUAUGAUUCUAUGAUUCUAUUUCUUUAGACGCACAAGGAGGAGCUCUGCAAUUCUGUUUCCGUGCUAGAAAGGAGUCCAAAUCCAUUGGGUCAAAUGGCUCUGGCAGAGACACCACUGAAGCCUUGUUGCCUGCCCAGUUAACUGUUAAAGCCCCCCACUCUUGGGCUGGUGUUUCUUCUCCAAGUCCACUCUUGACGUUUGGAGACAGUGAACGGCGCUUUUAUCUGCCUGAUGUUUCUCAGUCACAUGACAUUGAUUUUUGCUUUCCCAUCGGUGCUUGCUGUGUUCUCUUCCAUCUCAAUUAAAGAAUUCA